CGUCAUCCAUGUGCGACUCAUAGCAGUCAACGUGCGUUUAACUGGCGACUUGAGCUUUCUGUAUUUGGGUGUUUAUUUUACUCUGUAUAACAUAUUUAUGCGAAAUUGAUCGCCUCUGAUACAAGUAAGAUGAGCGUUUCGAUGCCACAGAAACGUUAUUACCGCCAAAGGGCUCAUUCCAAUCCAAUGGCAGACCACACAUUCAAGUAUCCCGUGUGUCCAGAAGAAAUGGACUGGUCAGAGCUGUAUCCAGAGUUUUGCAGUCCACCUGAUGAACGUCAUGACUACGAGCCAGACAGGCCAAGAGCCAAAGUAGAGUUUGCCGACAUCGGCUGUGGAUACGGAGGACUUCUUGUUGAGCUGUCCCUUCUCUUCCCUGAUACACUGAUAUUGGGUCUGGAGAUCCGUGUGAAAGUGUCCGAUUAUGUCCAGGACCGCAUUAAAUCUCUCCGUGUUGCAGAGCCUGGUCGCUACCAGAACAUUGCUUGCCUACGUAGCAAUGCCAUGAAGUACCUGCCCAACUUCUUCACCAAAGGUCAGCUCAGCAAGCUGUUCUUCCUCUUUCCCGACCCGCACUUCAAGAGGACCAAACACAAGUGGCGGAUCAUCAGUCCCACGCUGCUGGCGGAGUAUGCCUACACUCUCCGCAUCGGGGGUUUGGUGUACACAAACACAGAUGUUGAAGAAGUGCAUCUAUGGAUGGUGAAGCACUUCACGGAACACCCCCUGUUCACACGUGUCCCAGAGGAAGAGCUGGUUGAUGAUGUCAUCAUUGGUCGCCUUGGCACAUGCACAGAGGAGGGGAAAAAAGUGCAGCGCAACGGUGGAAAGAACUUUCUAGCAGUCUUCCGUCGAGUGGACGAUCAGAGUUAAGAACAAAAUGUUCCACAGCCUGACAUCUCCGAGUGGACAUUCUCUAUGGUGAAUGGAUCAUCACCUGCCCACCACACCUGGUCAGCAGGUUACAGGUGUAUGACUGAAACUUUGGUGUCCCACUGUAGGUUUAAACACCGCAUAUGGGACCACCUACCAGUUAAGCAGCUCAGUAGCUGCCAUUCUCCACUGGAAGAGUGUGAGAGGGGUUUUUUUCCAGUUUGAAAUGAUCUGUGGAGACUUCAGUCUUAUUUUAUGUUUUCAAUAAAAAAAAAAUCUGUUCAGCA